AUGACGUCGGUUGAGAUGACAAGCUUGACACGCAACGUGGACCGCAAGGUGUACACGCCCCUAGACGAGACGAAGCCCGCCGCCGCCGAUCGCGCGUUGGUGGACAUGAUCGUGUCGUUGAAGGACUUGGUGGACCGCAACCUCCUGGCCAACAAGGACGUCGACUCGACCACCGACACCUUGACGCUUUUGUUAAGCAUCAACGGGGUGCUGCGCGACGCCCGCGAGGCCAUCGAGUCGCUGGUGGACAAGCAGUCGACCGACAAGUGGGUGAUCUCGUUCGACGCGGAAACGUACGCGAAGAAGCUCAUGUAUGCCGAGAAGCAGUUUGAAGAGUUGCUUGAGGACGCCGUCAAGGCCGACGUAGCGGAGCUGCUGGUCCAACUGAUCCGCCACGGCCUCCACGACGAAGCAUCGUUGGUGCUUCUGUACGAACUCACGGCGGGGGGGUCUGUCGCCGUCCAAAACGCCUUGUACUAUGCGAUCAUCGACGCGCAACCCGCCGUGCUGGCGUACCUCUUGACUCACUUGGAGAACGAUUCCGCCAACAUUGUGGCCAUCUUGCAGCAGCUUUGCGUGUACCACCACAGCCAGUGGCAGGCGUUGAUGCGCGUUCCCGCGGGUCCCGACCGUCCGUCCUUUCUCAACUUUAUCCUCGCCAACAUCGCGGCGGUGUCUGCCAAGUCGGACGUAGCCCACGUCAUCUCAUGGUUGGACUUUCUAUGCGAAACGUGCCAGGGGCCGUCUGUGGAGAACCAGCUGCACAUUGCCUCGUCGGACCAAGCCAUCGCGGUCGUGCGGGACAUUGUGCUGGACGUGAUCGCGUUUGAUUCCGCGUCCGACGCGCAGACGAUCCGCGUCCAGCGCAGCGCCGCCGAAGUGCUGCUCACCCUCAUGGAAGGCCGCGUGGACGGCGACGUCCACGUCCGUCUCGCGGCGCUGUUCCCUGUCGCGGCGGUGGUCGACAAGUUGCAGCUGCAUUACCGAGCAAUCCAACACAAGCUGUACUCGCCGAGCCGUCGGUCGCUCAUGCAGCACACGCUCAGCUUAACCAAGAGCCUGCUGCACUCGUCGUCCAAGGACGAGCUGCAGCGCCAUUUGCGCGAGUUCCGCGCCGCCAUCAACCUCUUGCGCAUUGUCACACAUGUCUUGCACGACAAAACCACCGAUGCGGACGCGACAGAGGCGGCCGCGUUUGAAACGUUUCGAACGGCCUGGCACGACGCGCUCGCCAACGGCAAAGUGCACACGGCCGUUCGGUUCUUCCAGGACCAGCUCGUGUCGAUUGAAGUCGCGCGGAAUGGCGCGACGUUCACGUCGUACUUUUUGCGGCCGGCCACGGCGCAGUACUUUAACGAGACGCUCCAGACCAAACUCAUCGACGAGAUGGACAUUGGCAGUGAAGGCGCGUUGGACGUGCUCACGUCCGAAGUGGCCAAGGACGUCGAAGAAGAGCUCGCGGUGAUCCAAGGCCUCAACAAGACGCCAUUCUACUCGAUCAUGAACAAGUGGCAUGUAUGGCUGCGCAAGAACAUGCUCCGCCUUUGCUUUUACAUCAACUUUGUCAUGUUGCUGUGCGUUCGCGUCGAUAACAGCACCAUGGUGGACAUCCACCAAGCCAACAUGCGCUCGGGCUUGUGGGUCGUGGGGGCGUUAGGGUUUGUGUUGCUCGGGUUUUGCGCCGUGCUGUGGCUGUACCAUGUCUUGACCACGUUUUGCUUUAACUAUUGCAAGCAGCACGUGUCCCCGCUCAAGCUGUCGUUUACGACGUCGGCCGAGUACUGGACCAACACUCUGCACGCGUUUGCGCCGUUUGCUGUGUACCUUGAGUUCUUUGUCGCAAUCUUUGUCGUGAUAUUCUACAUGGACAUGGUGACAACGACCACCAAGAUCCUUGCGGCGGGGUCGUUCAUGUGGCUGUUUGGGGCGUUCCUGCAGGGCGUGCGCCAUGCCAGCGGGCUCUUUCGCUUCACAGUCAACACGGACAAGGCGGCGGCGUCCAACGUCGUGCUCAACUUCGUGUCCUUCUGGUACAACGUCGUGUACGACACGCUCUUGUCAGGCAGCGUCAUCACGUUCGGCGCGUACACGCUGUGCGCGAUUUGCGGGCUCGGGCUGUCCAUCCCGGCUGUGACACAGUACUUUGACGCGGGGCCGUGGGGGCUCAUGUUCUUUGGGUUUCCGCUCGUGGACAUUCUCGCCACGAACGAGCAGCUGCGGUUUAUUGCGACGGCGAUGCACUCGAACAUGGGCAAAUUGGGCGUCACGGCAGUGUUUGGGGCGAUUAUGAUUUACAUUUUCUCGCUCGUGGGAUUCUUCCUGCUGCAAGCCGAGCUCGAAAGCGAAGACCACACCGUGAGCCACUGCUCGACAUUGCUGCAAUGCUACACAACGUACAUUCGCUACGGGUUGCUGUCGGGCGGCGGCAUUGGCGACUACAUUUCGUCGACGCUCAACCACGAGCUCGAGUUUGACAACCCCGAACGAUACUUUGAGCGGCUGGUGUACGACAUGGCGUUCUUCGUGGUCGUGAUCACGCUGUUCCUCAACAUGAUCCAAGGGAUCAUCAUCGAUGCGUUUACGUCCGUGCGCGAGCAGACCGAGACCAAGGCCGCGCUGAAACGCGAGCGCUGCUUGGUGUGCAACCGGUCGCGCAGCGCCAUCGAGUUGGAAGGCGUCGAGAGCGGUCUCCUCAACAACUUUGCCAGACACACCCAGGACGAGCACAACUUUUUCCACUACUUCUUCUACAUCCAACACGUCACAGCCAAGGACCCGAAGGACCUCAACGGCAUCGAAAGCUACGUCGUGGACAAGCUCAAGACCCAGGACAUGACGUGGAUCCCUCGCGUGUAGGUAGUUUGCGCACUUGCACCAAUUGUGUGUAAAGUGUACCGAGAAUACUUUGAAUCGAAGUAACUACUUGUGCUGCCUGUGGA